ACUAGUAAUAAAAAGAGUAGCCCUUCACAACUUCUACAGCAAACUCAUUGUCCUCUCCUUCCCCAACCACAAUCCGUCUCCCGUAGCCCCUCCAUCGUCCCUCUCUCUCUCGCCUCGACUCCAGAUCGUUGGCCGCCGUUUCUCUCUCUGCCUCUUGUAGCACUUUUAGACGUAGCUCGUAGUCAGCACGUCGUUGUCGCCUUCCCUUUCGCCGUUCGCCGCCUCAGUGCCUCCCCUUCGCUGUUAGCUUCCUCAUUCUCUACUUUGAAAGGAUCUGAAACCUUCUGAGAAAAACAAUGGCAGAAGAUUUGGUGUUGGAUACGGCGAUCAGAGACUGGGUGUUGAUACCGUUAUCGGUGGUGAUGGUGCUCAUCGGAGUCCUCCGUUACUUCGUAUCUAAGCUCAUGCGCUCCGAUCAAGUUCCUGAUCUUAAAAUCAUCAAAGAAGGGCAAGUGAUAAUUAGGGCAAGGAAUCUUAGGGCGGCCGCUAAUUUCAUCCCUGCUAAGUCGUUCCGUGCUCGUAGGCACUACUACAGCAAUGAGGAGAAUGGGUUAUUACAUGUACCCAAGGGCCAAGCUCAGAACCCACAGGCACAAAUGUUUUCGGAUCCAAACAUGGCUAUGGAUAUGAUGAAAAAAAAUCUCUCCAUGAUUAUUCCACAGACACUUACUUUUGCCUGGGUUAACUUCUUCUUCUCUGGAUUUGUAGCAGCAAAGAUCCCAUUUCCUCUUACUCAGAGAUUCAGGGCAAUGCUGCAAAAUGGCAUAGACUUGAGCACUGUCGAUGUCAGUUACGUCAGCAGUCGCUCCUGGUAUUUUCUCAAUCUUUUUGGGCUAAGAGGUCUCUUUAGUCUUAUUCUUGGAGAAGACAAUGCAACUGAUGAUACACAGCGCAUGAUGCAAAUGGGUGGAUUUGGAUUUGACCCAACCAGGAGUUUGGGUGCAGAGAAAGAUAAUCUGGAUAUCGUCCAACAUGACUGGGCCUUACCAAAAUUCGAGCAGCGAGCAGAAUCAGUUCUGAAGAAACUUGUGCAGAAAUGAUCUAGUGCACGCAUCAUUGCUGCUAUCCACCAUGCUCUUCUUGGUGCCAUGAUCCAAGGGGUUCGGGACGAAAGGAUAUUGCCAAAACCCCCGCUUUACAUUGUUUGCCCCCGCUGUAGUCUUUGAUCUUGGUUGUCCGUUUCAACAAAUGCUAAUACUCUGCCUAGUUACUCUUUCGACACCACCAUCUUAAAAUAUUGUUAUUCCUGAGGAAAUUCACAAUUGUAGUACUAUAUGCAAAAUCAGACUAAAUUAAUAGUUUGUAUACUUUGAAAUUGUAUGCAAAAUCAAAAAUUUUGAGGAAAUUUCAAUAA